CUGCAUUGCAUCUCAAAUGUGCUCAAGCUUAGCGUGAAAAACACUAUUUUAUUUGUCAUUUGAAAAAAAACUGCACCAAGAGGUUUACAUUCAAUCUGACAACACAAAUUCAAUUUUGUGUGAAAAUGAGAACUAGAUACAUCGUGAAGUUGUGAUUAUGUUUUCUUUGCAAAUCCACUUUUGUAUUUGAUUAUCACUUCAUCUUUGCAAGACAAAAUGUGAUGAAGCAUAACAACAACCGACGUUUGUUGCGCGUUAAUGUUCCUAAAUCUCUAAUAUUGGUGAUAUUGGAAAUGGUUUGUUUAUAAACACUGAUUACUCCCCCCGAUCAACUUCCGUAGUUCCACUUCCGGUAUGAGGGUGGCGUUUCAGAAGUAUGAAAUCGUCAACUAUGACUGUGACAACAGACACUGUAGGACUGUGCAAGGUCAUAAAAAAUAAGUGCAUUUGACAGAGAUAAGCCCGGCACACAGACCAGAGGUGUGUUUGGUGUUUAGCGAUACCGGUGAAAGACUGUCCCUAUUUAUGAUUCUAAGCCACAUUGUAUUCACAAGAAAUGAAUACUCUUUCCUCACAAGCAUGGUGAUUAGCAAUGCUGGUAAAAGACUGUCCCUAUUUAUAAUUUUGUUUUCAUAAGAAAUCAGUAAACCCCACCCCAGAUUAAUCUAAUCUGACUUCUUCUUUCCGACUCAGAGCGUGCCACAAGCGUGGUGGUUUUAGAAAUCAAAGGCGGUCUUAAUUUACACUUAUUUGACACUGAGUAAAUCUUGUUUGUCCAUAACAUAUAAGUGACUUCUUGUUCACUCCAUGUCAGACAUCGCCGAAAUACCUUAGUUGUGCAUGCGACGUUAAAGCAAAUAACUACUACUCCAUGUUAGAACCAUGGCAAAGGCACAAGUUCAAAUAAACUUUAUUGAGAGUGUGAGAGGAGGCAGGCAUUUGUACUAUGAUGGCUUUAAGUUUCGGUGUAAGAGCACUCGCAGUGAAAGAAAAUACUGGUCUUGUGUUGUUGCUGAGUGCACUGCACGGAUCAUAACUCAGGGUGAGAUGAUCCACGCCAUUGAGAUCAUGGGUCACUCUCACGACGCCCUACCUUUUGAGUUUGAAGUUGACUCCUUCAAAGCUAGACUGAUGGAGAGAGCGAGGACAGAAACAACCCCCAUACCUACCAUCUACAGCGAGGAGAUCUCCAGACUAAGCCAGCAUCACGACACCAUCACAGAUGACGUUCUGAAGCAGAUACCAGCUCUGAAGUCCCUAACCACUAUCCUCUACCGCCAGAGACACAAGACGUUGCCCCACCUUUCUGCCAGCAGACCCCAGACCCCAGAUCCAGUUGGAGGAGAAAAAAUGGACCAAUGGACUGGUUACCAAGGCAAUCCAGCCUCAUUCGGAACCUGGAAUGGGAUGGACAUGACCUUGACCCCUCCGUUCCAGCCUGUGGGACAACCACGGUACGGAUCUCUCAAUCCAAUGUACACCAACCAUCUACCUCCAACUCAUCAAAGAUUUGAACCACCAGUUCGACCUUUUCUACCAAAUCAGUUUUCUUCCCAUUCCACAGACAUACCAAUUCAUCAUUUUGAUAGCUUUUCAGACAAUGUAUCCUCACGUCACAUGACAGAGUUCAACAGUCAUACUGGUCGUGGAGUUUCCAGUGCUAGCAAUUCCAAACCUUUCAUUAUGUUCGCAAUCAACUUUGACAAUAUUUCUGUACGCAACCUGUGCCAGGAGGAAGACAACUUGAUAUAUCUUAUCGCAUAUAAUCAUGAAAUCGAUUUGCUGUCCGCGAUGGAUGUUGAAGAUUUGCUGAAGCUGAAUGAUGUCGAAAUUACAAAUCCCGAAGAAGGGGUUAGUGUUUUGACAACGGUUCAGAAUAUGAAACUAACGGUGAGUGAGAAUCCUUCGAACAAGGUGUACAAUGUGGAGAAGAAGGAGGAAGAGGUUGCUAAAAGUACUGAAAACGAUAAAGAUGAUGUUGAGAAAGAUGGGGAAGAAGAGACUACAGAGGAUUGUGGGAAGGAUGGAUUUGAUGACAGGGAUGACGAAGAAUCAAAGGAGAACGUAUCCGAGGAUGACACUGUUGACGUGAUGCAGGACGGUCAAGCAGAGACCGACUCUGACCAUGACAGUUUGGAAUCUUUCGCAGAACAGAAAUCACUCCGUUCAAGAAGUGAUAAAAACUCCAAAUCAGACUCUGGUCUGAAACGUUUAAAGUCUGAAAAUAAAUCCAUUCAAAAUGUUCUGAAGAAAUUGAAAAAUCUUAAAAGGCCAUUGGAAGAUGACGGAAGGAAAAUCAAAAUGGCCACUCAAUGUGCAAUGUGCAGGCUGAACCAUAUGAAAGGAUUGUGUGUUAUAGAAAAUCCCAAGUCUUUCAUCCCGGACAAUUUAUCUUCCAGCAACAGUCACAUCCUAUCAUAUGCUUCCCUUCCAGCCCAGUUCUACCUGGGCAUCAGCGAGACCAUAAAAGGAUAUACGAUAUACGCAGCAGAAAAGAUUCAAGCAGGGACAGCGUUCGGUCCAGUGAUUGGACAGGAGAUUGACUAUGAAAGUAUUCAGUGUUUGACAGAUCUCAAGUAUAUAUGGUUCAUUCAGCCCCGUCUGAGCCAUCCAGUCAGAGCUGAUGAAGAAGGCGAUGAGGAUGGCGAGGAGGAGGUUCAGACGUUCCUGACGACGGAGGAUGAAAUGAACAGCAAUUGGUGCCGGUUUCUCUCACCAACUUUACGCUUUGUGGACAGCAACUUGUACUAUGUCCAAACGGACAAGGAGAUAUAUUUCAUAACCCGUCGUAAUGUUAAAAAGGGGGAAGAGAUACAGUUUUACGCUGCGUAUAUGGACGAUCAGCAACAUCUUGUGUUAUCAAACGAUGAGUUGAAGUGUCAUCGGUGUAGUCUAGACUUCGACAGCAACGUGAACUACAUCAAACACGUGAGGAUUGUUCAUCCAAGAGGAAUAACUCGGAAAAAGGAGAAGUGUAAAAUCUGUCACAAAGUGUUUCAUAAAUACGCCCACCUCGCCAACCACGCUCAGAACGAACAUGGCGGCAUGGGGGCAUACAAAUGCGAACAGUGUGGACGUGAUUAUCUGUACGCCAGACAACUCAACCGACACAUACAGACUGUCCACAAACAGGACAACAUAGAAGCAAGCACCUGUUCCGUAUGCGGCUCCACAUUUAAAAAUUCAUGGAGACUGAAACAUCAUAUACGACGGAAUCAUUCUGUGGAACGGUUCUCAUGUGAGAAAUGCAACAGAGUCUUCAACAGUAAGAUGGGACUCGAACGUCAUCUCAAAACCCACACACAAGAAUUCGCAAUUUUCUGUGAUCGUUGCGGGAAGGGAUUCCGAGACGGCAGCAACCUGAAAGUCCAUCUGUUGACUCACUCUGGGAUCAAACCCUUCUCCUGCAGGCAUGAGGGCUGUGGCACUGCCUACACCACCAAGCAGUGUCUCCAGAUCCAUUACAGGAAGGCCCAUGGCUACAGCGAUGAUAGCAUGCCGGAAAUUAUACGGACAGUGCCGUUCACAGUAGAGGCUCAUUCUGUAGAGAACAGUAUAUAGAUGUAGUGUGCAUGUUGUCUCAGUGUAAAACAAGAAACGAUCUUUUGUUUUCUGUGCCCACAGAGCAGAUUUUGGGGAAAAUUCAGAUCAUAUUUUCGUAAGUUCAGAUGCAUUUUGACAUUGCAGUGUCAAACUAAACAUUCAAGUAUAAAAUAAUUGCAGAAUAUUAGAUGUGGCCAAGUAUUAAUACUGAACUCAUAUUAUUGCUCUGCAUGCAAUGUUAAAAUACAUCUGAAUUUCAGAAUAUUGAAAUUCCAAUUUCUCUUUGUUCUAUUUGAAGUUAAUGACUAAAGCUUAGAUGAAUCCCUGUGUGUAAGUUUGAGCAUGUUUUGUAAAAUGUUUUACUCUGGCACAGUUCCAUAUGAUAUGACAGUUAUAGUAUAUGUUAUAGAACGGAAGUUACCAUCACCUUAAUGCUUGCUUGUUUUGUGGUGAGAUGCCCAGGCAAAGUAUAACAAUUGUUAGUCUGACUGACUCAAGUGUACUCAAUGUCUCUGAUAAUGUAGUUCUGGUGCCAGAUCCACAACGUGAUUCUUAAAGGUCACAUGCAACCAAAAAAACAAACAUAAUCAAAACAAAAUUAUCACUUAUU